AUGGUACAAAAUUCCUUUCAAACCCUAACCCAACUCCUCCAAAAAGACCAACGACUAGUAGUAAACGGCAACCUCGCCAAAAAUAAAAUUAUCGAGUUGGCACUCCAACUAGACACCGGAAUUUUAAAACUGCUUAAAUCUUCCCCUGAACUACGGAAAAUAUUUUUUGUAGAAGUAGACGAUAUUUUGGUUUUUGACAAAAUAAAAUUUCAAAACUUUAUCUCUAAUAAACAGUUUCUCCCCGAUAGUUUUACCCAGUAUAAAAAUAAAAUCGGACUAGUGGCAGACCGGCAAUAUCUGGCCAAUAGUGCACCGGACGAAAUUGACCGCUUACUAACUCCCAAAGUUUUAACUAAUUUUCAAAAAUAUAACUGCGGCAAAGAAGUAGAAAUGACCGAUAUUUCCCUUAACGAUAACCUAAUUAUUAAAGGUAAUAAUCUUCUCUCUUUGUAUAGUCUAAAAGAAAAAUAUCAAGGUAAAAUCAAACUAAUUUAUAUUGAUCCUCCUUAUAAUCCGGACAUAGCCAAAAAAUUAUUAAGUCCUGGCGGUUGUUUGAUUGUGGCUAUUGACAAAAACGAGCAGGCCGAAUUAACUGUUUUACUGAAAGAAUUAUUUCGUGGUUAUGAGAUUCAUGUUAUCACUAUCGUUCACAACCCAAGAGGAGUCCAAGGAACUAAUUUUUCUUACACCCAUGAAUACGCUAUUUUUAACAAGAAAAUAAUUGGUUUUGGAGAUGUCUCAGAUGAAGAUUAUCAUCCGGAAAUUUUGGUAAAAACCGGAAUUAUCCCCGAUAAUACAAUUAAAAGAAAACUUAUUGUUAAGAAUGAAUUUAAAAAUACUGAAUUCUUUAAUUCUGGUCUUUUAUUUCUCAAUCGGCAAGAAAAGUAUCCCCGCGAUGACGUUUUUGAACUACCAUCUUCAAUAAGAGAUUUUCCUUAUAAAGUAUCUCUUCGAACCAAUAUUAACCUUUCCCGAGGGCUUUUUGAAAGUCAAUUUAAAGAAAGUAUUGAAAUCCAAGAAAAAGACUUUUGGAUAAAAAAUUUGAAAUCGCAAAUUUUGGAUGAGUUUAUUGUAAAAGAUGAAUAUUUAGGAGGGAUUAAAAUAACUGUUUCCGGUCUUGCUUCUCAACUUGAAGAAUUAAGCCCUGACAAUGAGUUUGACAUUUUAGUAAAAGUUAUCGGACAAAUCGCUUCUAGUUUAACUUCUGGUAAUCCUGAUUUUAGAGGAAGCAAGGAAUUUAAAUACAUUCUAUUAAAGGAAAAAAUUGGCGACAAAGAACUUAAUUUUGCUCCAAGUGAAAGUUGA